UAUAGUUCUGCAAACAGUGCGCGAGAAAGCGGGAGAAGGCGGGAGAAAACACCUGUUACGGAAGAAUCAAGUCGACAAAGCAGCCUCCAGGUCAUCCACAGAGAAACACCCCUGUAUCCCACCUGGUGAAGCCCAGUGGGACAAUGUGGGUUCUGGACAAGAUCCGUGGGUCAGUAGAGACCACUGUUCUCCGGCGGGGGGAGAAUGGGGACAAGGAGGGCAAUACUCCAGCCUACAGCAACGUCCUCACCCCUGAUAAAAUCCCUGAUUUCUUCAUUCCCCCCAAGCUGGUCUGCUGCCCCCCGGAGCCUGAGACCUUGGACGUCGUCAAGCCCAAGGAGGGGCUGCGGCCCUCGGCCUCUGAGCAGACCAUUGGCAGUAAGAAGAUCAGCAGCCCUCGCAGCCCACGUCUGGUCGCCAAGCUGGCUGGGGACACCAAGAACCUGUUGAGGGCCGCCAACCGUCACAUUAUCCAGAUAGAGAGCGCUGAUGACGUGGUGGCAGGGGACACAAACGCUGACCCUCAGUCUCAGACCGCUAUGUCACUGCCCUACGUCCCCAAGACCCAGACCUCCUAUGGUUUUGCCACUCUGAUGGAGAGCCCCCACACCCGCCGCAAGGAGUCCCUGUUCCACUGUGACCAGACCAGCCCCCUGACCUCCCCGAACUCCCAGAGGAAGGGGAAGAGCAGCGUCAGCGAGGGCAACCACCUCAACCCCCCUGACUUCAACACCUCUCACAACCCGUACCGCUACUUUAGCGGAGGGGAGAGUGAUACCUGUUCCUCGGCUGAGUCCUCUCCCUUCAACUCCCCACUGCUCUCCCGCUCUGCCUCGCUGCUAAAAGUUUUCACCCAUGAGACGCAGGCCAAGGUGGUGAAAGCCAAGAGGACGUUUGCCCGCCACAGCUCCUUGUCCACAGACGAGUGCAGCUCGGCCGAGCCCAGUCCCAAUGCGCUGCGGAGGCUCCACUCCUCAUCCCUCCACGCCGGUGGGCCAUCGGACCGGGAGCACACCGUCAACCUGCACAAGGGUGGCAGGGUGAGGCUCAGCGCCGACUACGAUGCCGGCACGGCCCGCCUGCGCAUCCGCAUUCUGGCUGCCGAAGAGCUUUACGACAAGAUGUACGACAUCAAGAGCAUCAACUGUUGCGUGUCGCUGUACCUCAACCCUGGCAAGCUGCAGAAACAACGGAGCACUAUCAUAAAGAACAGCCGAAAUCCUGUGUUCAACGAGGACUUCUUCUUUGACUCUGUGACUUCAGUGCAGGUGAAGAACCUAGCAGUGAAAAUCAAGGUGGUGAAUAAGGGCACCAGCCUGAAGAGAGACACUCUGCUGGGGGAGAGAGAGAUCCCUCUGGGGAAGCUUCUCCAUGGCCUCUAGGUCUGUCCUGGAGAUACAGAACAGUACUCUGACUGACACAGAAUGAGACUAUGAAUGAUAACGUGCAUGAAUAGAAGAUUUAUAACUGGAGUUAGAUGUUUGCUUGGUGUCCCCUGUAUUCACAUAGAACUGUCUGAAAGGAACAGUUAAUUUACAGUCAAUGUCUGGUCUGGUCUCUUAGCUGGUCACCUCCUCAACCUUCUGUUCCCUGAGCCUGCAGCCCUACACAGCCCAACUUCUAGAUCAUGUGGUGGACAAUCGAAUAUGACACAGGUCAAAAAACACCUGCACGUUUGAGUGACUCACUUUUUGUACUCUCUUGAUCUCGACGUUGAAUGUAGCAUGGUUGCAAUUACAUGUGACUCAGACAAUACAGGAUGCGAGUCUCUAUGAUUCGGUUUUUAUUCAGCACUACAACGCUUUUAUGGAUCAGGGGGUCUUUGAUGUCGCCUCUAUAACUUGAUGUGCAAAUUAUCCUUUGAUGCUGAUUGUUGUUGUGUUCUACAGUAGCCUACUACCGGAAGGAGGGCCAAUCUGUGAUGUGACCACAAUGUCCCAAACCUGGAGAAUAGAGAUCAGACGUCACCACCUGCUUCCCAGCCGCUUGGCAUGAAUAUGUAAAUGCAGUGAUAUGUUAGCAGUUUGUACUUCAGUUUCAUAACACCUACAAGCAUUACCAAGAGAGAAAGAAAGAGAGAGAGAUAGAGAGAGAGAGGGGGAGAGAGAGUGUAUGCAUUACAUUUUAAAGAGUAUGACAUUUUUCAAAGGUGUUGAACAUGAUUUUAUACAUAGAUGUGGUUUUUGUAUGAGACAUAUGCUUCAGUAUGAUGUACACUGCAUGACCAAAAGUAUGUGGACACCUGCUCGUCGAACAUCUCAUUCCAAAAUCAUGGGCAUUAAU